AUGCUUGGUCGUUUUGUCGCGAAACGCGGGAAGCCGCAGGGAGAGAUAGCUGAACUUGCAGUCGAAAAGAAGAAACGCUUCUUUGAUUUGCCUCAUCCAGCGUGUGAGAUAGAAAUCAAUUUUGACAAAGUCAACGACAUGGACGACCUCGUGGCCAGAAGAAACACAACAGGAGAAAUAGAAAUGUAUACAGAUGGAAGCAAAAUCGGUGGUAAGGUCGGCGCAGCCCUGACAUACUGGAAAAACGACAAAGAAAUAGGAAAGAAAAAGUUUCUCCUAGCCACGCAAUGUACAGUAUACCAGGCUGAACUCUAUGCGCUGUACCAAGCCACUGAAAUUGCUGCAAAACUAAAGGAUACAGUAAUAAAUAUAUACAGUGAUUCAAGAUCCUCACUAGAAACAAUAAGUAACAUUCACACUUACCAUCCACUAGCAUUCGAAAUUAGGAAAACCCUGACUAAAUUAAAACUGAAUAAUAAAAUUGUUAAACUCUUCUGGAUCAAGGCACACGUUGGAGUUGAGGGCAAUGAGCGAGCAGACCAACUAGCAAAAGAAGCUGCACUCACAAAAAAGACAGCCCCCGAUUACGACGCGUGCCCUUGUUUAUUUACACGAGCGGCAUCUGCUACCGACGACUGCAGUCGGCGACCUUUCGGCGGCAGUCAAUGGGGGUCGACUGCAGUGGGCGACCGCCGCCGACCGUUGCUGAGAGUCGACUGCAACAGCAGUCGGCGACGCCAUCGCCUGCUGCCGAGACGUCGCCGACUGCAGUCGACUCCCGUCGCCUGCCGCUGA